GUGGCCUUUUCACACAGGGAGAACAGAUAAACUGAGUUUGCCUUGUAGAAAGGGGCAGGAGUCACAGUCCUGAACAGACAGCCACUUACUUUCACUCAGCUGGGCUCACAAGCAAUCCAGCUGCACAUAUCCACUCACUCUCUCCCUCACUUUGUGCACUCUUCCAGCAGUUUGAGGCAAGACACUGAGGGGGGAGCAACUUCCAGAACACAGAAGUGAAAACACAAGAGGAACGCUCAAGAAAAAAACUUCGACAGUCAGCCAUGAGGGACAAAGUGAGGAGAGGAGGAAGAAACCAGGCCAAAACUGAUGUAAUCAGCGUGACUGGUGGAAAGAAUGCUGUUGGUAUUAAGCAAGAAGAGGACACAUCAUUCCCUGUGAAGAUCCAGGGAGCUGGAGUAGAGCCGUUUGAGCUGCAGGUCCAUGGAUUUUGGCUCGUCCAGGACGCAGUAAUGACCCUGCUUUCAAGGGAUGAGGUGUGUCCUCGCUCCAACUUGUCACUGGCACUAGCUGGAAUGACUCUGGAUCCCCUGGCAGAAUUACAAAGUCUCAAGGGCCUUAAACCAGGAGCCAUUGUUCGCCUUGUGGAAGAGCCCUACACUGCCAGCUCAGCCAGGCUCCAUCUGGCUCGUGUCCUGGAGCUGCUGAGAGCGUCUGGACCUCAGGAUGCAUUGAGAGAAGGACGCUCACCAAGCCUACUGGAGACACUCACACAUACACAAACACCAGACUCCAGCUUACCGAACGGAAAGAACCUGAAACGCUCUUUAAGCAACACGAAAACAGAAUCAACCAACCAGGAUGGAGCUCCACCUGAGUACCUCCUCCCUGGUUCCUCAGACAGACCACUUAUGGCUCUCCUACCACAUAGCUCCCAGCCAGAGGCCCCCAGUUACCUGAGGGACCUGUCUCUCAGCUGCUGGAACCCACCUCCAGGACACAGGAAGCUGCAGGGAGACUUCCUGUACAUCUCUGUGGUGACAAUGGAGGGACGACGAUUUGACAUCACAUCUUGUCCAAAAGGUUUCUUCCUCAACAGGUCUACAGAAGAUGUUUUUGAUCCUCGUCCUGCACAGUCUUCUCCAGUUUGUCACUGUUUCACUGACCUGCUCUGCCACAUCAGCCCUGCCUUCAAACAAACGUUUACUACACUCAAAACCAGGCCUCAGUUACCACCAGUAGAGGUGAUGCCCACUCCUUACCACACGCUGAGCUGGCUCGGUCCUAUCUGUGCCUCUCGCACUCACAAAAACACCUUCAGCAGACUGGGAAUGGAUGAACAGGCAGCAAGACAGGCUCCAGACUGGAACGAGGAGUUGCAAGCAGCCAGAGAUCUCCCACAGGGCAGUCUGGAGGAGAGGCUGCAGAGAGACAGAGCUCUGAUCCAGGUGAACAGUGCAUUUGUGAGGGCUGUCAUGCAGGGGGCAGAGACUGUUGUAGAUGGCUUUGUGGAGCCAGUAAAUGGAAACCCAGAGGACCCAGCUUUCCUGUGGGGGGGCCUCUUCAUGAGCCAGGGGGCAGCGAGUGCAGUGUUUGGUGGGGAAAGAGGUCGCAGGGCAGCUCAGAGGCUGGAGCUUAAAGGAGUACAAGCCUACAGUGACCUAGAGGGGCUGGAGGGGCUGCACACACUACCUACAGCCGUUGUAGACUACAGAGGUGUACGUCUAUCUGCGCAGGGUUUGGCCCCCGGCUUGGAAGGCUCAGAACAGGACCAGGGAACUGCUCCUGCCUCAAGAGGCUUGCUGUACGGGAUAAAUGCAGGACCCCAAGAGUCUCCUGAUCGCAGACGGCUACUAGCGCUCCUGGCUAGUGCUGCCAAAUCUCUUUCUCUCCAGAGACAUGUAGUUGUUGUGCAGGACAGUCACAAGGUCCCACUGUUCACUUCAGUGGAUGCUCAGGGACUGUUGGGAGCUGAUGGGAGGUUCUACAUACUGGAUGUGUUCAGGAGCUUCCCAGCUGAUGCCAACUUCUGCCCAGAGGCAGAGACAGAAAGUCAGACAAUCACUGGAGAAGAGGAGAGGAAAGAAAGCUGUGAAGAGGAUGAGGAGAAGAAGGGUUGUGUAAAAGAAGGUUGGCCAGAGAAUUAUCACACAGACUCUGGGCUUCCAAAGAGCUUUCCUCACGGCCUCUGUAGACUGAGGCCAGAGCUGGUGCAGGCUUUCAUCCAGCACAAACACUGUCAGUUCACUCAGCGUGUCAGGGAGACACUGGAUGAGAAUGGAGGCUUUGAAGAAUGUGCAACAGCUUGCGACUCUCGAGCCACCAAUGCAGUGCGAGCUGCUUGUAAAGACGUGGGCUCAGUUAGUGACAUCAUCUUUGAGAUGCGCUUUAACCCAAACAUCUUUUCCCCAGGAGUAUCCUUCCCUCCUGGUGAAAGUGCGUCGACAAACCUGCAGGAGAGGUUACUGAGGGAAGCUGCAGCUUUCAUCACCACGCACCAGAUACCAGCCUUUGUGGAGUAUUGCCUACAAAGCUAUGAGGCACCAAUGGAUGGAGCUUCUCUAAAGCAGGCACUACACCAGCGAGGCAUCAACCUCCGGUAUCUGGGCCAUGUGAUCAAGGCCAUCAGCCAGUCAGAGCACAAGGAACGCCUGAGACAUAUAAUGAGAUCGGUCAUAGGUGACAUUUUUAUCCGCUCAACAAGAAGAGUGUUCAACAGUUUCCUCCAGGGUGUGGAUGUGCCUAGUCUCUCCGCAGCUGUCAGUCACUUCCUCUGCUGCCUAUUGGUUCCCCACUUCACGCCCACUCCUGUCGGGGAGGAGACUAAAAAGAAGUCAAGGCGGCGUGGCCGAGGGGCUGGGGCCUCUGAAAGCACGCCGUGGAGCACGCUCACUGGGGCUGAGCUGUGGAACCUGGUUUGCCAGGAUGCUGCUGAGACAUACGACAUCACUGACAGCCUCGGCUCUGGACCAAACCACCUGGCAGAGCACUAUGGCCUUCAGAAGCUCUCUCUGCUCAGACAGUUCUGUUUAAAGACCGGAGUACAGUUGAGACUGAGGGACUACUUCCUCGACAACCAAAGUAAAGCUCCCAUUGGUCCAGACGACAUCCUCAACAUCCUCCCUGUUGUCAAGCACAUUCAAAUGCCAACUGCGGAUGCUUCAAAAGCAUACGGUGCUGCACAGAACUCCAUUCAAAAAGGUCUGCUGGAUCAGGCCCAUGAGCAGCUCAAAGAAGCAGCCUACUUGUUUGGUAGGGUGUGUGAUGACCUGCACCCCGAGGCCUGUUAUUGCCACAGCCUGCUGGCCAGGGUGGCUUUCCUGCAGGGAAAGACAGCAGAGGCUCGCAGUAUCCAGCUGAAAGCAGUGGUCAUCAGUGAGAGGGUGCUGGGCUUUGACCAUCCAAACACUAUCCAGCAAUAUACCCUCUUGGGUCUGUAUGUGUUCGCUGGAGGAGAGACCGCCCUGGCUCAGAAGUGUCUCCUCAGAGCUCGUCUACUGACGCUGACAGUCCACGGAGAAGACCAUCCCUACAUCGCAACACUGGAUAGCUGUCUUGGGUUGGUGCUGACAGGGGAGCAGACAGGGCAGUACCUAAAGAAUGCCCUAAGACUUAACACUUCCUUCUUCGGCCCCAUAGACUUGCAUACAGCUCUCAAUCAGCACCUGUUGGCCCAGUGGCUGUGCAGUAAGGGGGACUACAGAAGUGCUAUGACUCAUGAGAAAGAGGCCCUCACUGCAUUUACCUCCUUGUUUGGAGAGGAUCACCCACAGACACGCUCCAGCAAAGAGUUUCUGUGCACCAUUACCAAGCAAGCGGUGCAGGUGGAACGCUCUCUCAGACAGGCAGGAGCUGACUGCACGGAGCAAACAGUGGAGUGUCUGACUCCCACAACUGAUACCAUUUUGGAGCAGAUGGUUCUGGUGACAGGAAUCAGGAAGAUCACACGAAGCGACAGGCUCCAGGAGUAUAAGCAGAAACACCUGGAACGAAAGCUAGCAGCGGCAAAAGAACUGGGAAUCAAACUACCUAAUGAGCUCUUCGCCUCAGAGACUGUGAACGUUGAAGAGAAAGGCUCAGGUCAAGAAACAGGAUGCGGGAAGGAAGCUCAGGAUGGAGGAAGCCCAGCAGUGGAGAACAGCAGCGAGAGCCAACAGGAGCAGCCGGUGGAAAGGGUGUCAGUGGAGAGUGCUGCUGUAGUUUCAGCUAACGGUCAUUUGUUGGAGCCAGCUGAACAAAACCAGCAUGAGGGGCAAAUAGAUGUAGAUGGAAGAGAUAGGGAGGACAGCGACAGAGCAGCUGAGGUCAAGAUAGUGAAUGGGGAGUCAGAGGUCAGGGGUGCAGGAGACAAAACUGAGACCAGUGCACAAAAUGGAGUAAAGAGCAGCACAGCCAACGGGGAGAUGAAAUCUGACGCAACAUGUGAGGAGAUGAAGUCAGAUGAGAAAGAUGGUGAAAUAAAUGGAGCAGGGGACAUCACUGCGAGCCCACCAGUCCUUAAGAGUAAGGGGACAUGGGCAGAUGUUGUCAUUUCAAAGGCAAUUAAUGGAGUAAAUGGAGUAGCAGGUGAUGUCACAGCCAAUGGAAUAGCUGAAGAGUGAACACACACACAUAUAUAUAUACGUAUAUAUAAGAAAAACAGUGUUGUAGUCAAGUUUUUCCAAAGUCACUGCUGCAAAAUGAAACUCUCCCAGGUUCGUAGAUGUAAUUUGAACCAAUGAACAUGAAGCACAGAAUAAAAUAACAGAGAGUGAGACGAGUAUUACUUUGUGGUGGCGAGGUUAUUACUGAUGUAGGGAGAGGGCUGUACUGCUGAGUGUUAUUUUUUUUCAACAAUAAACUUUUUACUCUGGUGUAUUA